GUUACCGUCAAUUUUCACGGGUCCGUUUCUCCUCUUUCUUCUCUUCCUUUUACGCGGUGUCGGAGUUCGGACGCAUGAAGCGUGGCAAUUUCCAACUGCCCAAAUAACUGUCAUUCUCACGGGAGCAAUUCCCUCCUAGUUUCUCAAUUCUUUUUUACAUUUCCUUGUACCAGCUCCACCGUCACCUCCGUUCACGACAAUUCUGACCGGAACCGCUCACCGGAGCUCGGCCUGAAGCCGCACAGGAUGAAGCAGCUGCACAAGCAAGCGAGCGUGAACUACCGUCGGGACGAGGAGAUGCCGGGGAAUCAAUACUCGCCCAAGACACUCAAACACCCUAGAUCUCUUCCCAGAUCCAUCAACUACCUCUUCCGCGAGCAGCGCCUCCUCUUCGUCCUCGUCGGAGUUCUGAUCGGCUCUACUUUCUUCAUCCUCCAGCCCACUCUCUCCCGCCUCGGCCCUUCUGAGGCUCGCACUGCCGUCACCAGUUCCUUGUCCGGCUCUUCUUCUGUCGUUCAGUCCUCCAACCGCGGAUCUCAGGGCAUAUUCCAGAGGAGGUCGGUCUCCGGCCGGGUACCUGCGGAUCUCGGCCGACGGAGGUUGAGGAUUGUGGUUACCGGUGGAGCUGGAUUCGUCGGCAGCCAUCUGGUGGAUAAGUUGAUUGCCCGCGGCGAUGAGGUAAUUGUGAUUGACAAUUUCUUCACGGGGAGGAAGGAUAAUUUGGUUCAUCUGUUCGGGAACCCUAGAUUCGAACUCAUUCGUCACGAUGUUGUGGAGCCUAUACUGUUGGAGGUAGAUCAGAUCUAUCACUUGGCUUGCCCUGCAUCUCCGGUUCAUUACAAGUACAAUCCCGUCAAGACAAUCAAGACAAAUGUGAUGGGAACGCUGAAUAUGUUGGGUUUGGCCAAGAGAGUGGGUGCCAGGUUUCUGCUGACAAGUACCAGUGAGGUCUAUGGUGACCCGCUUGAGCAUCCACAAAAGGAGACUUAUUGGGGAAACGUUAAUCCGAUUGGUGAGAGGAGCUGUUAUGAUGAAGGGAAACGAACAGCAGAGACAUUGACCAUGGAUUACCACCGAGGUGCUGGUGUUGAGGUGCGUAUUGCUCGCAUUUUUAACACCUAUGGACCUCGCAUGUGUUUGGACGAUGGACGUGUUGUCAGCAAUUUCGUGGCUCAGGCCAUCCGCAAACAACCAAUGACUGUGUAUGGCGAUGGGAAGCAAACAAGGAGCUUCCAAUAUGUUUCUGACUUGGUAUGGCUUACUGUUAUCUAAUACUUUGAAACAGAUACUCUUCUUCGAACAUGCAAAGCAACUUUCAAAAUUUUCUGAAACUUGCAGAACAUGUGAAUGCGUAAGAAGCCAUUGGUCAAUGUUAGCAGAUGUGCAUUUGAACACUCAGGGUAGUUGAAUAGGUCUUCGAUCCGGGUCAGUGACAGGAAAUCAAACCCUCAUGGAUUGUCAGUUUGUCAACCUUAGGGCGCAUGCCAAGCAAUCAACUUCCGAUGUCUAUGCAUCAAAUCGGUCGUUACACAGACGUAAAAUAAUUGCUGGAUUCCCGCUGACUUUUCUCUAGCUUGACAUACUACAUGAUGGACUUUCUGAGAUGCUAAGUAUCAAUGUCUCAGACUUAGUGAGUUGCUAUGUUAGUUGUGCGACCCUAACAUAGGAGGACUAGUGGGCCACAAUGUUUGCAAACUUGAGUGAGGGAGAGAUAGCUGCAGUGGCAUUGUUGUGGCAGAGUGUAUCAGUUGUUUGUCACUGUGGGGAGCAACUUUGACAUUGUUGUCAGCGCCUUACAGCUGCUGCUCAUUUGAAUG